AUGGAAAUGAUUCCUCCACAACCAAAGCUUGCCUCAAGUAUGAGAACUAUGCCAAUGGCUGCCUCUCUCCCCUUACGAAUGGGGCGGGAAAUCAGGCACCGCAACAACCUCCAACAGAUCACUAGUUCACUUUAUGCCAUUGACGACAAGAAGCAGCAAAAAGCUUUGUUCGUAAUGGGAACAACUGCCACCGGAAAAUCAAAACUCUCCAUUGAUUUAGCCACUCAUUUUCAAGGUGAAAUCAUCAAUUCAGACAAAAUUCAGGUUUACAAGGGCCUUGACAUGUUGACCAACAAAAUUUCGGAAAUUGAACGCCGAGGUGUGCCUCACCAUCUGCUAGGAUUUGUGGAACCUGGAGAAGAGUUUACCACACAAGAUUUUUGCAACCAUGUACACAAGGCCAUGAAACAUGUUACAGGGGAUGGAAACAUCCCCAUUAUCGCCGGCGGCUCGAAUAGAUACAUCGAAGCACUCGUCGAGGAUCCGCUUUUCAACUUCAAGGAUAGUUAUGAUACUUGUUUUCUAUGGGUGGAUGUUGCCUUGCCAAUCUUAUUUGAUCGCGCAGCAAAAAGGGUUGAUGAGAUGCUUGAUGCUGGUCUUGUUGACGAGGUUCGAGGUAUGUUUAUUCCAGGGAUAGAUCACAAUAGCGGGAUUUGGCGGGCUAUUGGGAUUGCAGAGAUGGAACCAUAUUUUCAAGCUGAAAUGGAAAUGGCUGAUGAGGUCACCAUGAAAAUAUUGCUUGAAACUGGUAUUAAAGAAAUGAAAGAAAAUACCAAGAAGCUAAUCAAUAAACAACUAACGAAAAUCAAAUAUUUGGCGAACAAGAAAGGAUGGAAAUUCCAUCGGAUUGAUGCUACUUGUGUGUAUGAGAGAAGUGCAAAAGUUGAUGAAGAUGUUUGGGACAAGAAGGUUUUGAGACCUAGCUUGGAGAUAGUUGCUAAUUUUCUCCGGGAAGACGAGAAAGCAGAACAAGUGGCAGACAGUUUUCUAGUUACAAGCAGCUGCAUCUAA